GACACACAUGGCUCAGAAUUCACUCCUUUUCGACUGCUUCACUAGGUUUCUCACCUGCAGUAUAUCAUAACAGACGUCGUUUCGUUGAACAUUUCCAGUCAUUCUCACAUGGCCAGAUGUGGCAAAGGUUAUCAAAUGACGCUCUCGUGGGUGCCAACAAAUGGCGUGGGAGUCCCCAAAGGAGCCAUCUGCGCUGGUGACGGUGUCUAUGUUGGGCGAGCAAAGCAUCGCGGUGACGUCAUUCCAGGUAGUCUGGUGCCUGCGGACGGAAUGGUAUACGUGUCUUAUGGAGGCAACUCUCAUCCGAAGAAAACUUUUGAAGUCCUCUGUGCCACUGGCUUCAACACAUGUCCAGCAUUUCAGUGGAAGAAGGACCAGCGCGGUCACACACCACGGAAUGCACUGGUCGGUGGAGUAUCGGAAUACGGUGACCCACUCUACGUAGCUCGGACAGUACUCGAUGGAAAGUGUGUCGUCGGCAAGGUACACAACGGUCAUACCUGUGGUUAUUUUCCCCACGAAGGAAAAGAGGUAUCAGAAGACAAAUACGAAGUUUUAAUUUGGUGUAGGACACCGUGGAACGCAGUAGCUGAUUGAGCAACCGAUCGUUGAUCUGUCACAUGCACUCACCAGUGUUCCUCUCAAAUUUUACGUGCAUGAAAUGUUUGAAUUUGUAUUGACACAACACCUCGUUUAUGUGAGUUUUGACUGUUUUGAAAUCAAGGAUCAUUUG